UUGACGCCAAAUGAGAAUGUUAUUUAAAAGUGUGAUUUUUUCGUGUUUUUUGGCACUAGUCUAUGGGGACUGUUCCAACAAAGCGCCGGCUUGGAGCAACACAUACACGGUCAAGGGCAUUCUUUACAUCCCUUAUGCUGAAAUUGAGGAACCUUUCUACGCCUGGUACGAUGGCCAAUCGAAACGCUCCCGUAUUGACUACUACGGCGAUAUGGUGAAAACCUACCAACUCUCCACAGAGGGGCCAUACGGCAGCAGCCUUAAAAUAGCCCCUGUGACAACAGAGACCGAAACCAACUCCCGAACCUGUCUCCAAGUCAACGGAACUGAAGAAAACACAAUUGAGCCCCAAUCCAUUCUCCCUGACCUCACAGGUUUUGAAUGUACUGGAGAGGAGACAAUUAGCGGAGUCCUAACCGAAAAAUGGGCCCUGUCUCAAACAAUCGGCCAAAAAGUCAACAAAUACGCCAUGUGGCUGUAUUACAAAGACGACCCGGACAACACCGGAGUAAAAAUCGCCGUUCCGGUCAAAUACGAAAUGAGGGGCUUUAAUUCACUUUUGGGGAGUCACUAUGACCACUACUACCUCGAUUAUGACUCCUUCAGCUCAGACCCCAUCCCGGACGACAUCUUCAAAUUUGACUCAAACAUGAAAUGUAGUGCCUUCCCGGGCCCUGGCGACAAACACAUUUACACUUUUAACCCAAUGGCUGAAUUCAUCAGACCUGAAAAAAGUGGCCAUGUUGAUUUCGAAUUUGGCAAAUUUACGCGAAAACAUGGCAAAAAUUACCAAAAUAAAACCGAAACUCUCAUGCGUAAAGAUAUUUUCCGCCAAAACGUCCGAUUUAUCCAUUCGAUGAACAGACAAAAUAGGGGGUUCACCCUGACUGUGAAUCACUUGGCUGAUAAAACCCCAACCGAAUUGAAGGCGUUGCGAGGGCGCACUUAUUCGGGGGGCUACAACGGUGGGGCCCCCUUCCCGUAUGAAAACAUAAAUAAGGAGGAUUUGCCCGAUCAGUGGGACUGGAGGCUGUUGGGGGCCGUAACACCUGUUAAAGAUCAAUCGGUUUGUGGUUCGUGUUGGAGUUUCGGAACUGUGGGUACAGUCGAGGGGGCACUUUUUUUGCACAAUGGGGGCCGACUUUUCCGGUUGUCUCAACAAGCUCUAGUUGAUUGUUCUUGGGGGUAUGGAAAUAACGGUUGUGAUGGGGGUGAGGAUUUCAGGGCAUAUCAAUGGAUGCUCAAACAUGGUGGUAUCCCCACUGAGGAGGCCUAUGGCCCCUAUUUGGGACAAGACGGUUACUGUCAUGCAGAUAAGGUGCAAAAAGUUGCCAAAAUCACCGGUUAUGUUAACGUUACAACAAAUGAUGAAAAUGCCUUGAGGUUGGCUUUGUUCAAACAUGGGCCUAUUAGUGUGGCCAUUGAUGCUAGUCAACGCACUUUCAGUUUUUACUCCAAUGGGGUUUAUUACGAACCCAAAUGUGGUAAUAAAAUUGACGAAUUAGAUCAUGCCGUUCUGGCAGUUGGGUAUGGAACCAUAAAUGGUGAAAAUUACUGGUUGGUUAAAAACAGUUGGUCGAAUUAUUGGGGCAACGAUGGCUACAUCCUAAUGUCGUCCAAAGACAACAAUUGCGGAGUCAUGACAACUCCAACCUACGUAACAAUGUAAUAAAAUUGUGACUGAGUCUUAUUUGGUUUAAUAAAUAAUGGUUACUUUAAAAA